AUGGAAUUUGACGAUUAUGAAAAUUUGCCAACACACGAUGUAGGAGUUCAUAUGAUGGCUGGCGCUGCUGCAGGUGUACUCGAACAUUGCGUCAUGUACCCAGUGGACUGUGUUAAGACAAGAAUGCAAAGCCUCAAGCCUAAUCCAAAUGCGGUAUAUAAGGGGAUUUACGAUGGUUUCCGAAGUAUAGCAAUUAACGAAGGCAGAUUUACUGUCUUUCGAGGCAUGAAUGUUGUUAUAUGUGGUGCUGCACCUGCACAUGCUUUAUACUUUUCCUGUUAUGAGUCCGUUCGUCAGUCUUUAGGCGGUAAAGAACCAGGCCAUCAUCCUGUAGCUAACGCUACUGCGGCAGUUACUGCCACAGCUAUCCAUGAUGCAGCCAUGACCCCAGUUGACGCUGUUAAACAACGUUUACAAAUAUAUAAAAGCCCAUAUAGAGGCGCCAUCCACUGUAUAAAAGAGGUUUAUAAAUCUGAAGGUGUUAAGGCCUUUUAUAGAAGCUAUACUACCCAACUAUUAAUGAAUAUACCAUUCCAAUGUUCGCAUUUCUUGGUUUAUGAGUACUUGCGUGAAACGUUAAACCCUGCUCGUACUUAUGAUCCUAAAACUCAUGUCAUCGCUGGAGCUGCUGCUGGCGCUUUUGCUGCUUCUUUAACUACACCUUUAGACGUUGCUAAAACACUACUAAAUACACAAGAAAAAAGUGCACUUAAAUUGACUUCAAAUAGGCGAUAUGUUACUGGUAUCUAUGGUGCAUUAAAAACUAUCUACUCUAUGCGCGGUAUCGCUGGUUAUUUUCAGGGAAUUAAAGCUCGAAUUGUAUUUCAGAUGCCAUCAACUGCAAUAUGUUGGUCGGUAUAUGAAUUCUUUAAGCAUUUCUUGCUUGUGUCUCAAGCAUCAAAAAAGGAAUCAUUGUUUUAA